AUGGACAGGCAGAAAUCUUAUGCUGAUUUAAAGAGAAAAGACAUAGAUUGUGAAGUGGGUGAUAAAGUCUUCUUAAAAGUCUUACCAUGGAAGAAGAUUUUGAGAUUUGGCAAGAAAGGCAAGUUAAGUCCUAGGUUUAUUGGUCCAUAUGAAAUAAUUGAACGUGCGGGUUCGGUAGCCUAUAAACUAGCCUUACCACCAGAACUAUCAAAGAUACAUAAUGUUUUCCACGUCUUGAUGUUAAUGAGAUACAGAUCUGACCCAACUCAUGUCAUUCCCAGAGAGACAACUGAAGUACAACCAUAUUUGACUUAUGAAGAGGAACUGGUGGCAAUUCUAGCUCGUGAAGUGAAAGAAUUAAGGAAUAAGCAAGUUUCACUAGUUAAAGUGCUAUGGAGGAAUCAUGCAAUUGAAAAAGUUACUUGGGAAAGCGAGGAAGUUGUAAAAAUUACAGGUAACGCUUCUAGUUUAGCUGUUAUGCUACCUGAUCAGACGCAUUCCAAGAAGUAG